AAUGGUAUAUUCUUCCUAAACAUCCUACAUAUCCUGUAUAUCCUGUAUAUCCUAUUUAUCCGGAAUAUGUUUUUCCUAUACAUCCUGUACUUCCUGUAUAUCCUGUUUAUCUGAAAUAUAUUCUUCCUGUAUAUCCU